AUGCUUUCUACUACUAAUUAUUCCCUACUAGCAACCAUCUUCUUGGUGCUAACCUUUCUUUUACCUUCAAAUGGUCAAUUAAAUGCAACUUUCUAUUCUAGCACAUGCCCCAAUGUGUCAUCCAUCGUGAGGAAUGCUGUUCAGCAAGCUCUACAAUCUGAUUCCCGAAUUGCUGCAAGCCUCACUCGCCUCCACUUUCAUGAUUGCUUUGUCGAUGGGUGUGAUGGGUCCAUUUUGUUAGACCAGAGUGGUAACAUCACACAGAGCGAGAAAAAUGCUGCUCCCAACUUCAGAUCCGUUCGGGGCUUUGAUGUGGUUGAUAACAUCAAGAGCUCCAUCGAAAGUUCAUGUCCUGGAGUGGUAUCUUGUGCUGAUAUUCUUGCCCUUGCAGCAGAAUCUUCUGUGUCCUUGUCAGGAGGGCCUUCAUGGAACGUACUACUGGGAAGAAGGGACAGUCUAACAGCAAACCAAGCGGGUGCCAACACUUCCAUUCCCUCUCCAUUUGAGACCCUCGCCAAUAUCACUUCCAAAUUCUCUGCAGUUGGCUUAGACACAACUGAUCUCGUUGCAUUAUCUGGUGCGCAUACAUUUGGUCGUGCCCAAUGCCAAUUUUUCUCCCAGAGGCUGUUCAAUUUCAGUGGCAGUGGAAGCCCAGACCCAACCCUGAACUCAACCUAUUUGGCCACUCUGCAGCAAAAUUGUCCACAAAAUGGGAAUGGGUCUACAUUGAACAACCUUGACCCAUCAACCCCUGAUGCAUUUGACAACAACUACUUCAGCAAUCUUCUAAUCAACAUGGGUCUUCUCCAAACUGACCAAGAACUCUUAUCCACCAAUGGCUCUUCCACAAUCUCCAUUGUUAACAACUUUGCCAACAACCAAACGGCCUUCUUCCAAGCCUUUGCUCAGUCAAUGAUCAACAUGGGUAACAUUAGCCCUUUAACUGGAACCCAGGGUCAAAUCAGAACCGAUUGUAAGAAAGUCAAUGGAAGUUGA